AUGGAGCUAUCGGCGGAACGACUGGAGCAGUUGUACCUCGAGGUUGCCCCGCAGAUCCUCGACGGUCCCGCGAUAGAGCAGCAGCUCAGUAAGCUCAAUUUCCUGCCGACGGGCUGCGACGGCAUCGACGACCUGCUGGAGGGGGGCCUCCGACAGGGUCAGGUGACCGAGCUCACAGGCGAGGCGGGUUCGGGCAAGACGCAGCUUUGCCUGAGCGCUGCCGCGUCCGCCGCGGCGCUGGGCCACAGGGUUGUGUACUUGGACACCGGAGGUGGGUUCAGCGCCAAAAGGAUUAAGGAGUUUCACCGUGGGUUCGUCACCGCGGACGCGGACAGCGCCGAGGUGGAGCAGCACCUCUCGCUCACCCUGGACCUCAUUACCGUGCUGAAUGUGCACGACAUCCUGACGCUGUUCAAGGUCCUGGAGGAGCUGGCGCUGGGUCUGUCGGGUGACCCUGGUGUUCCGGGCGAUGGUGGAUUGGAAGGUAAUCAGGAUGUGGUGGACAUUGGGAGGGACAUGGGCCUGCUGGUUGUGGACAGCCUCUCGUCGUUACUGUCGCCGGUCAUAACGCGGUUACACCACCAGGGAUACACGAUGAUGGCGUCCACCGCGUCGCUGCUUCGAUCACUCGCCCCCGCGCACAACUGCGCGGUGCUGUACACGAACCAUACGGUGAGCGCGGGGGGUAACGACAGGGGCGGAGCCUCCAUCAAGCCCGCGUUGGGUACCCGGUGGACCAGCACGCCGCACCGGCGGGUGUGCCUCGGGAAGGGCCACGGGAACGAUGCCCAGGGCUGCACGGCGGAGGUUAUAUACGGCCCGGGGACGGGAUCGAGCUGCGCCUUCAAGGUCGUCGGCGACGGCAUUAGGACGCUCUAA